UGCAUUUAUUGUAAGAGUUGAGAACUUUUAUUUCUUUUUUAUGAUAUUAAUGCAUACAAUAAGAUGCUUAUACUAUACAGUAACAGAACUCGCAGAUAAGGUUUAUUUUGGCCACUAGGGAAAACCCAAGUCCCAAGCACCCCUAGCCAAUCGCAUUUUGUCUUUGAUCAAUAACAGCUGUAAAGCCUCAAAGUCUUGUUUUUUGCCUCACCAAAGUGAAUUUUAUGCCAAUCUACAACCCCUUUAUAUAACCAUCGUCUCCAACUAUACAACAAAGAAAAGUCACACUGGUUGCAUGUCACCUAAGCCUGGUACAUAACCCAAAUGGACAGUUACCAUAUCCAUGCCCUCUUGCCAAAUCAGUGUGGCUCAAGCCUGGUCCAGAUCAUAGAUGCACCACUUCCUCUGGUUUGGUCAAUCCUUCGCCAAUUUGAUAACCCUAAGGCCUACAAGUGCUUCGUAAAGAGCUGCAUAAUGCGCACUGGGGACGGAGGCAUAGGAAGCAUUCGUGAAGUGAUACUUCGCUCUGGUUUACCUGGUAAAACCAGCAUGGAGAGGCUUGACAAGCUUGAUGAGGAGAAGCAUAUCAUAAAUAUUAGCAUUGUUGGUGGCGAACACAAGCUUGUCAACUACAGUUCUACUACGACGGUGCAUGUAGAGGAAGAAGAGAAAGGUAUGAAGACUGUUGUGAUUGAAUCUUACGUGGUGGAUAUUCCUGCUGGGAAUAGUAAAGAGGAUGCUUGCUUGUUUGCUAAUACUAUCAUAGGCUGCAACCUUAGGUCACUGGCUAAACUUGCAGAAAGGAUGGCUGGUAAUUGAUCAAUUAAUUAGCUUUUUCAUCAAGAGUUUUAUUAGAGAUCGAGUUCAAAGGUUUCUAAGUCUGUUUAAUUAAUUUGUUUGUUGUUCCUGCUAUGCUGUUGUUCUUGACUUCUUGUCGUGGUCAUUAUGUGAUAACUAUCAUACCUGCUGUAUGAUAAGAACUUCAUAAAUUUCUUUUAUCCAGUAUUUAGUCAAAUGGAAAAGAAAAGAAAGCAAAGCAGUAAAGUUGUUCCCUUAGCACUUUUGUAUUUGGUUUUCUUGUUGAUGGCCAUGGCCCAAAAACACAGCUCUCAAAUAAGUGGGAAAGGAAGCAUACAAUUCCGUCACCUUUUUUGGUCUUUUGUGUUAAUUUGAGGUGUUCUUGCGGAGCUUUGUUGUCUUGUGUCUCUCUUGUUCUAGUUCCAGGCUGCCAGUUUAGUUAGUGAGAUCUUGCAUUUUUCUUUA